AAAGACCCCAGAAGGGUGUGGGUGAAUCAUGUGCAUGAGCUUGUUCUGCAAUAAUACAAGGACAGCAGCAGAGAUCUAGUAAUUCAAACUGGAGAGAGCUGGUCUUAAAGGGGGAAUUUCAAUAGAGGAGUAACUUGCUUGGAUCUUGUCACAUGCACAGACUGUAACUGGAAGUCAGAAAAGACAGGACUAAUCAUGAAGCUCAGUGUGGCCUUGUUUUUCGCAGGCCUUUUUGGUGCCUUGGCAGCGGUCUUUAUCUUGCUUUCAUUUGGGACGGAUUACUGGCUCAUGGCGUCUGAGAGCUGUAAACCUGAAGGAUCUGUGAGCACAGAAGGGGUCAGUGGUGAGGACUCUAGCGAUGUUACUCUUUACCAUGAAGGAUUUUUCUGGAGGUGUUCCUUUGGAGCAAACAUGGAGGACAAUGACCUGAUCUGGAGGCUCUGGUUCACCAACCAGCCGUCCUCAAAGAUCUGUAUGCACGCCUAUCUCUUCCCAUUCCCUCUGUCCCAUCAGAGCCACAAUGCCACACAGUAUGACUCUGCCAUCAUCUACAGAGGCUUUUGGAGUGUUUUCAUGCUGGUUGGAGUAGCUUCAGUUAUAGUUGGUGGCUUCUUCAUCAUCUGUGCAGCUCCCUUCGCCAGCCAUUGUUUGUAUAAAACAGGAGGCAGCCUUCUUCUUGCAGCAGGUUUCUUCCUGCUCUGUGUGGUGGUAAUGUUUGUGCUUUGGCUGGAGGUUCUGGAUGUGGUGAGUGUCUACGUAGACUACCAGCGAGCCACACUGUGCCCCAGCUUCGCCCUGUCCAUCGACUACGGCCUGUCAUUCAUGUUUGCUCCCAUUGGCAUUUUCUUCUGCUUUCUGUCGGGGCUGCUCUUCCUCCUGAUCGGCCGAACAAUACGGAUUCACUGCCACUGAUGGGACUGGCUGAAAAAGGAAGGACAAGUGUUUAAUUUCAGAGACUGAGAAACAGUGCAAUAAUCAUCAUAAUGGUGCCAAUGCUUUGUUAGCCUAAAUGUGCUCUUUAAGUUGUGUGAGUGUAUUUAUACAAUACAGAAAUCUUGAAGGGGAAAUUAUUUGAAGUGUGUGUGAAUAGCACUUGUUUAGAAAGGUUGAAAAAGCAGAUCCAGUGAAGUUUGUCUAAAUAAAGAAUAUAAUUGGCAUGAUGUGUUUUGUUUUAUAUUCUGUAACUUAUAUUUCUGUGUGGCUUUGUGCUUCUUCUGCAAGCAAAACUUCUCAGCACAUGCUGAUUAUUAAAUAGACU